AUGUGCAAGAUGGAUGCUAGGGAAACUUCCAUUUGGGAUUGGGGUGAAUUAGGGCAAGAGGAUGGUUGCGUUCAGGGUGCUGCUCUUAAUUAUAGAGCGGUUAUAUUCUGUCAUAGCAAUAUGGGCACACAAGUUCAUUUCCUCGAUUGCGAGGGUACCAAGGGCUGUUGGUCUAGUGGGGAGUUCGGUGGUGGGGUUUCCAUUUCACCUAGAAUAGGAAAGGUGUCUGGGGCAGUCCCAGAGUUAUUGGUAGAGGGUUUGCAGAUGGCCCUCGGGUUGGGGAGAGGCGGCGAGAUGGAUGGAGGUUGUGAGGGAGAGGUUGUGGGCAUGGCAGGUGGUUGGGUGGUCUCUGCAUUUAUGUCUGAGUCUCCUUUGUUUUCCAGGAUAUUUUUGGGGAAGAAUUGUGGUCCUGAGCAGGACACUCUAGUAGAGGUAUGGGUGUUUUUCAUUUUAGCAUGGGAGAACUGUAGCAGGUGGUGGUACAAGUUCAAGGGCCUUUUGUUACCUCAACUCUAUAAAGGAGUUCUAAAAGAAAAUAAUCCUAUUCCUCCAUCCAAGUCAACAAAGGGUGAUCCUUCAAAGAACAUCCAGGUGUUUAUUGUAGACAGCUAA